GGAGGCGGUGCCGUGGCGGAUGACCAGCUGUCUGAGGGCCGCGGGGUGAGGCUGUGGGCCGCGUUGUCUCCGGGAGUUGAGCGAAGGCUGCUUGAGCUACACGUGAAGGCCGGACGGACGGGUGUAAAGCUGGGAGAAACCGCCCUCGGGAGGCUGGGCGCACGAGCCUGUGGUGGGCUCCAGGGGCCGCCGUGGCCGAGACAGCUGGCCCGAGGCCUGAGCAUUGGCAGUGCCCUGCCGGGGCCUGGCACUCGGGCUUCCCACAGCGAGGGUGCAACUGCGUGGGAGUCACCUUCCUUGGAGGACCGAAAGCCCCUGCGGCACCCGGGCUGUUUCUCUGAGGGUAUUGGAGUCGUGGCACGAUGAGGAGCCGGAGUAACUCGGGGGUCCGGCUGGAUGGCUACGCUAGGCUGGUGCAUCAGACCAUCCUGUGCCAUCAGAAUCCAGUGACUGGCUUGCUUCCAGCCAGCUAUGAUCAGAAAGAUGCCUGGGUCCGGGAUAACGUGUACAGCAUCUUGGCUGUGUGGGGUUUGGGCCUGGCCUAUCGGAAGAACGCAGACCGAGAUGAGGAUAAGGCAAAGGCCUAUGAACUGGAGCAGAGUGUAGUGAAACUGAUGAGGGGACUGCUGCACUGCAUGAUCAGACAGGUGGAUAAAGUAGAAUCCUUCAAAUACAGUCAGAGUACCAAGGAUAGCCUCCAUGCCAAGUACAACACUAAAACCUGUGCCACUGUAGUGGGUGAUGACCAGUGGGGACACCUGCAGUUGGAUGCCACCUCUGUAUAUCUGCUCUUCUUAGCACAAAUGACUGCCUCAGGACUUCAUAUCAUCCACAGCCUAGAUGAAGUCAAUUUCAUUCAGAACCUUGUGUUUUACAUUGAAGCUGCAUAUAAAACUGCUGACUUUGGUAUAUGGGAACGUGGAGACAAGACCAACCAAGGGAUCUCGGAAUUGAAUGCCAGUUCAGUUGGAAUGGCAAAGGCAGCCCUGGAAGCAUUAGAUGAACUGAAUCUGUUUGGUGUGAAAGGUGGGCCCCAAUCAGUUAUUCACGUACUUGCUGAUGAAGUACAGCACUGCCAGUCUAUUCUUAAUUCAAUACUCCCUCGGGCUUCAACAUCCAAAGAGGUUGAUGCUAGUCUCCUUUCAGUUAUUUCCUUCCCAGCCUUUGCAGUAGAGGAUAAUCAAUUGGUGGAAGUCACAAAACAAGAAAUCAUCACCAAGCUUCAGGGUCGUUAUGGUUGCUGCCGCUUUCUUCGAGAUGGAUAUAAAACUCCUAAAGAGGAUCCCAAUCGUCUGUACUAUGAACCAGCUGAGCUGAAGUUAUUUGAAAACAUAGAGUGUGAAUGGCCAUUGUUCUGGACUUACUUUAUCCUUGAUGGGGUCUUCACUGGCAAUGCAGAACAGGUUCAAGAAUAUAGAGAGGCUCUUGAAGAAGUCCUCAUCAAGGGCAAAAAUGGAGUCCCACUUCUGCCAGAGCUGUACAGUGUUCCCCUUGACAAGGUUGAUGAAGAAUAUCAAAAUCCUCACACUGUGGACCGAGUACCCAUGGGCAAGUUGCCUCAUAUGUGGGGUCAGUCUCUGUACAUUUUAGGAAAUUUGAUGGCAGAGGGAUUUUUAGCCCCUGGAGAAAUUGACCCCCUGAAUCGUAGGUUUUCAACUGUACCAAAGCCAGAUGUCGUGGUUCAAGUUUCCAUUCUAGCUGAGACAGAAGAAAUUAAGGCCAUUUUAAAGGAAAAAGGAAUCACUGUAGAGACUAUUGCUGAGGUGUACCCCAUCAGAGUACAACCGGCUCGUAUUCUAAGCCACAUUUAUUCCAGCCUAGGAUGCAACAGUAGAAUGAAACUCAGUGGCCGACCCUACAGACACAUGGGAGUCCUUGGAACUUCAAAACUCUAUGACAUUCGGAAAACUAUCUUUACCUUCACUCCACAGUUUAUAGACCAGCAACAGUUCUACUUGGCUCUGGACAACAAUAUGAUAGUGGAAAUGCUUAGAACAGACCUCUCCUACCUCUGUAGCCGCUGGAGGAUGACAGGCCAUCCCACCAUCACCUUCCCCGUCUCACACACCAUGCUUGAUGAAGAUGGAACCAGCCUGAAUUCAAGUAUCCUGGCAGCACUCCGAAAAAUGCAGGAUGGCUAUUUUGGUGGGGCAAGGGUUCAAACAGGUAAACUGUCAGAGUUUUUGACAACAUCUUGCUGCACACAGUUGAGCUUCAUGGACCCUGGACCUGACAGUAAGCUGUACAGUGAAGAUUAUGAUGACAACUAUAGUGAGCUAGAAUCUCGUGACUGGAUGAAUGGCUAUGAUUCAACCAGUAAUGCUCACUGUGGUGAUGAAGUUGCUCGUUAUUUAGAUCACCUUUUGGCACACACUACUCCCCAUCCUAAACCAGCCCCUACAUCCCAGAAGGGAGGGCUAGAUCGGUUCCGAACUGCUGUGCAAACAACCUGUGAUUUAAUGUCUUUGGUGAACAAGGCCACGGAGCUGCAUGUACAGAAUGUUCACAUGUAUCUUCCUACAAAGAUAAUUCAGCCUUCCCGGCCUUCAUUCAACUCUCUUGACUUACCUCACUCUGCACAAGAGGACCAGGUUCCCUCAGUUCGUGUAGAAAUACAUCUUCCUAGAGAUCAGUCUGGGGAGGUAGACUUCAAAGCACUAGUUUUACAGUUAAAGGAGACCUCCAGCUUCCAGGAGCAAGCUGAUAUCCUCUACAUGCUGUAUACUAUGAAAGGACCUGACUGGGAUACUGGAUUGUAUGAUGAAGGGGGUGCAACAGUCAGAGAGCUGCUUACUGAGCUAUAUAGCAAUGUUGGAGAAAUCCGUCACUGGGGUCUGAUCCGAUACAUCUCUGGAAUCUUAAGGAAGAAGGUGGAAGCACUUGAUGAGGCCUGCACAGACCUUCUCUCCCAUCAGAAACAUUUGACAGUGGGAUUCCCUCCAGAACCUCGAGAGAAGACUAUCUCUAAACCUCUACCCUAUGAAGUGCUUACUCAGCUGAUAGAUGAAGCCAGUGAAGGGGAUAUAAGCGUUUCAAUUCUGACACAGGAAAUAAUGGUAUAUCUAGCCAUGUAUAUGCGAACUCAGCCUGGCCUUUUUGCUGAAAUGUUUCGACUUCGAAUUGGUCUGAUCAUACAAGUUAUGGCAACAGAACUGGCCCAGUCCCUUCGAUGCUCAGCUGAGGAAGCCACAGACAGCCUGAUGAAUCUCAGUCCUUCAGCCAUGAAGAACCUCCUGCAUCAUAUUCUCAGUGGCCAGGAGUUUGGAGUAGAACGAAGCGUGCGUCGCAGUGAUUCAAAUAUCAGCCCUGCCAUUUCUAUCCAUGAGGUUGGUGCUGUUGGAGCAACCAAAACUGAACGAAGUGGAAUCAUGCAGUUAAAAAGUGAGAUCAAGCAGCAGUCCAAUGGUGGUCACACCUUGGGUGGAGAUUUGAUGUCACCGACUUUUUUGUCACCUGGAAAUUCUAUGACUCCAAGUAGUGGGUUUUUUACUAGUGCACAUGACCUACAGACACUUAAAGAUAAUCGUCAAGGUCAAUGGCAACGCCGAAGAAGGUUGGAUGGAGCACUGAACAGAGUCCCAAUUGGAUUUUAUCAAAAAGUAUGGAAAGUUUUGCAGAAGUGUCAUGGACUUUCUGUGGAAGGUUUUGUUCUUCCCUCUUCAACCACUAGAGAGAUGACUCCAGGAGAGAUUAAAUUCUCUGUUCACGUGGAGUCUGUCCUAAAUCGUGUACCUCAGCCAGAAUACCGGCAACUCCUGGUUGAAGCCAUCCUUGUCCUCACCAUGAUGGCAGAUAUUGAAAUUCAAAGUAUCGGAAGCAUCAUUGCUGUGGAAAAAAUAGUUCAUAUUGCCAAUGACUUGUUCCUUCAAGAACAGAAAGCCCUCGGCGCAGAUGAUACCAUGUUGGCAAAGGAUCCUGCAUCUGGCAUCUGUACUCUUCUAUAUGACAGUGCACCCAGUGGCAGGUUUGGCACCAUGACCUACCUCUCCAAGGCAGCCGCCACCUACGUGCAGGAGUUCCUGCCCCACAGCAUCUGUGCCAUGCAAUGAGGCCUUUGGGCCCUGGCUACUAGGAGCCUUUUGACAGCUGGUUCCUGCCUCGGUUGAUUGUGCAUGGAACUGAAAUGAGAUGGCCUGAUCACUCCCACCCUGCCCCCCUUCCAACUCGUCACUCCCAAGAAGAGAGAACUUCUCUGAGAAACUAACUGCUUUAGAAGAAGUGAACCCUUGCUCACUCAGGCUCUUCAUUGUGGGCCUUCAUUCUUUCAUGUUUCACUCAAGUUUGCAUGUGUUUUUAUUGCCUAGACCUGUUACACAUUCAGUUUUCUAACUCCUAUUUAUGGAGCAGGUAUUAAUAUUAACUUAUUCUUCAAGUUUGGGUUUUCUUAUGUGUGGUUUCCUUACGUGAAUGAGUGGUGGGUGCUUUGGGUGCUCCAAGUGAGUGAAACCUUAAAAUAUUGAACUUUAUGCUUCUAUGAAUUGCAAAUAUCUAUCCUAAGUGCCUUUUCUUGGAAAAAGAGAGUAGCGGAUUAUACUUUCCUUCUUUACUCACAUGUUGCCUCGCACUGAGUGAAAAGCUUCCUAUGCAGAAUUAAUUGUUUCUGCUUUUGCCUUUUCUGUAUCUGCACACAUAAUUUCUACUCAACCUCUGGUGAAAUAUCAAAAAAAAUGCAAGUCCAGUGUGUAUAGUUCAGGAAUUGUGAAUUAAUAUUUAAAAUCACAUUUUAUGAAGAUCUCUGGGACUCAGAGAUGGAUUUGUAGCAGAAUAACCCAGAGAAAUGAAGCCAGGAACACAAUUGCAGAGAUAAAGGGGGCAGAAGAGAAGAUGCCUGCGUAGUGUAUUAUCCCUAGGGAGCCACAAAGAGAAUCAGAGGUGCCCUGAAGAGAGCCUUGUGUACCUAAUCCUGGCCUCUGAAGGGUGGGCUGGCACAAAACAGAGACUAAUUGAAGCCUCUGUCUUUGGCAAACAAGAAUCCAGCACUCCAAUCUAUGGAUGGUUUCCUGAGCACUCCACAGGAGGCUACAGUGUUCUUAGGAGGCUCCUGGUGUUCAUUCACCUGAUCUCCGUCUCACCCCACCCACCUGCUUUCUACAGCAUCCACCCCACCCCCAAUUCCCUGCCCUCCCAUCUAUUCUUAAACUUUUUCACUUACAUUCUCACCUCCUGAUUCUAGUGUUGGUGUAUAUCUUGCUAUCUGUGAGCAUAUAUUUGUUUCUUGGACACACCUGCAUUUGUGUGUGUCUAAGCACACAUGGGAAGUUUUCUGAAUAUAAGCACCUUUAUGUGCCUGUACAUCUGUAUCUAUAUUUGACAGACUAAGUACAUAUGUAAAUAUGAAUGUUGCUUGUUUUGGGGGGUUUGAGAGUGACUAUGGCCUCAGACUGACACAGGAAAGGUAGUGGAAGAAAUUGUGAAGUCCUCUUCCCGGGUCCUGUGUUUAGGUAGCCUUGUUUGAAGAUUGUUUCUUCUAACUUUCUGUGUUAGUUGGGGCUGCUACACAACAAAAACCAUAGGUGGGUUAAACAACAAACAUUUAUUUCCCACAGUUCUGGAGACUGAGAGGUCCAAAGUCAAGGUACCAGCAGGUUCAGUGUCUAGUGAGGGUGUGCUUCCUGGUUUGCAGAUAACUGCCUUCUUGCUGUGUCUUCACAUAGUGCAGAGACAGAGCUGUGGUCUCCUUCUCUUCUUAUAAGGAUAUUGAUCCUGUCAUGGAGACUCCACACUCAUGACUUCAUCUAAUCCUGAUUAGCUCUGAAAAAGGCCCCACCCUUCAACUACCAGGACAUUAGGGCUUAAAGGUUCCACAUAAGAAUUUUGGAGGGACACAUUUAGCCCAUAGCACUUUACGUGGAAACGCUCUACUAAUUUUUCUGUUUGCACUCAGAAAACUUCCUACUCCAAUCCCUUCUUUUCCUUCAGAUUUUUUGAGGUGUUUCUCCAACUGAAACACCUGGGGAUGGAGAUGGGGGACUCUCUAAAUAAUUCCUAUAGAACCAGUGACAAUGUUAUGAGUACACGUGAAUAAGUGAGCAGAGUAGAGGGAUAGAAAAUGGAUAGGAGCAAAGAGAUUGGCCGGUCUUCUCAGUAUCUCCCUAAGAGCAAAUGGAAACUCAAAGUAAGUAGCUUCCUGCUUACAUGAAUUUCCCGUCACUUACAAGGUAAUUUACAACCUGUCCUGAAAAUGUGUUUUGUUUUCACUAGCUGCAAGUAUACCCCACCAGGGGGAGUCAGUGCAUCUGCUGGUGAAAACCACCACGCCCUCGCACACUCAUCUGCCUAAUCUGACACCCACGGCUGCAUUUCUCUGGGUUUACUCAGCUGUCUAGCCAGCACUCCGCUGCCCUCUAUCACUGUGCUUCACUUUUAAAUCAACUCUUUAGAAAACUCGAUUUGUAUUUUACUCAUUUUAAACAUGUGAGACUAAAAGACAUGUUGGGUUUUAAAAAGUACUUGUUUUCAAAAUAGAAUAAAAAUAGAAUUUCCAAUUAAAUCAUGUCUGGUGCCAAUGUGUAAAACGUAAUAUGUAUUUUUUGUGAUUGGGGUUUAUUUCAUGGUUCUUAUUUUAGGUACUCUAAUUAUACAGAACGUUCAAAGCGCAUUAAUUGGGUCAAAGCAGAAUAAUAUAAAUAUAUAUAAAAGCAUGUAUUAUACAUUAUAUAACAUUAUAUAUGUAAAGAAA